UUUGAGUGUAUAUAUAUAUUAAAUAAUGAUCAUAAUUAUUUGUGUUUUGUAGUCUCUCCCUCUCCUUGUGAGUGAUUAAUUUGCUGUCAUAUUUAGAAGAAACUUUUUAUUGAAAAGGUGUUCUUUGUCAAGAGAGGGUGUAAGGCAAUCUGGGUUCAUAUUACACACUCGUACCAAAGACACAAUGGUACCCUAGUUUUAUCUUUCCCUAUCCAUUGUUGUACAUCUUUUGAAUUGUAUUGAAGGGUGUGUAAGCCUACGUUAAUUAUGUUAGAUCGAAGUAUGAAAAACAAUUCCAAAAGUUACGUUGGCUAUAAAUAUAAGAACUCUGCUGCAUUCGCUCUCAUUUCCAGUCGUAUUAUAGCUAGCGCUUUGAUUCAACCAAAUAAUAAUGCUUUUACUACAAGUUUUAACUUUUUGGGUGACUUUAACAAGUAGUUAUGGGUUAAUUUAUUUAUACCCAAAUAAUUCGAUUGCGAAGCAUUACUGCGGAAGCAGUUUGUCCGGAGCACUGUUUUCCGCAUGCAAGAAGAGCGGCUUCGUUGCACACUUUUCUCCUCGAUCCGAAUUUAAUCGAAGUACGAGAGGAAUAAUUGACGAAUGUUGCAUGAAUCCGUGUUCAAAUGACCAAUUGAUCCAGUACUGCCAAAAAAAAUUUGCCAGAAUUUCUAUAUCUAAAAAAAGGAAGCGAUCUCAGCAUUUCAUAGAAACCAACAAGGUUUCAAAAAGUAAGAGAAGCCCAACUUGUACAUGCGGAUCCAGAGUAAAUUCAGCACGAUUUUCCAAGAAAACAAAGAGAAAUAAUAAUCGUAUUACGAAAGCUCACCAGAGAAAAAAACAGUUGAUGCGGUCCUCAACAGCAAAUCCAAAUAUGGGGACGUCAUCAACCGAAAGCCAAGUUGUCGCGGAAGCUCAGUACAUUGAUGAUUGGACUGGAGACGAAGACGGACUGUUUUUCAUUACUCCGCGCUAGAGAAAGAUGAUCUUAAGAGCCUUAGAAAAUGGCUAUUUUACUAGUAAUUCAGUCGACAUUAAAGCAGACUUACAUUUUGUUAAAGAGUGUACAUGCAUGUACAUGUACAACAACUUAAAAAAGUUACAUAGCGAUUAUUUGAAUACACUAGAAAUUUUGUCGGCUUCCAUCAAUGUUUCACUUAAAAUGCCACCAGUGCUUUAAAUCUGAAAAAGAAAAAAGAUAAAAAAAAGGACAAGAGCACCACUAGAACCUUGUAAAAAUAAUGCAGUCAU